GUGCCGACGACGGCGGCGUAGCAGCCAUGGCUGACAGUACGGCACAAUCCACCCGUGCUGCUGUCGCCGCAGCCAACGAGCUAGGCAGGCGGUGUUACGUCAUGACGGUGGUGUGGCUGUACCGCGCUCGCCAGCAAGUGCAACUGCCAAAGCUAACGCCGUUGCAACGGCUGUGUCGUACGGCACGCGCUGUCGUGCACGAGAUUGCCCAUCCGGAGCUGACCCAGCAGGUCAAGGACUACACCGCCUUAUUUCUGGCGGAGGCAUGCCCGCUGCAGGUGGAGGUCCAGGAGGUGCAGGCGCAGCUGGAGGGGGUUGUGCAGCGGCUGAUGGAGCAGGC